AUGUUUGUCGUGAAAGUACUGGCUUUAGCGGUGGUCUUGACGGCUGCUUUCACAACGGAAAUUCACGCAGCAGAUGAUGGCGAUGAUUGUUGGUCAGACCCGUGUCUAAAUAAUGGCGUGUGUGUUGACGAAGUGCGAUCUUACAGAUGUGAAUGUGCUCCAGGGUUUAUUGGUAACAAUUGUGGAGUAGAUGUCAACGAGUGUAAUAGUUCCCCAUGUCAGAAUGGCGGUGUGUGCAUUGACGAGGCUAAUUAUUAUAUAUGUCAAUGUAUUUCCGGAUACACGGGAACUAAUUGUGAAAUUGAUAUCAAUGAAUGUGCCAGUUCCCCGUGUCAGAAUGGCGGUCAGUGUACAGAUGGUGUUGAUGGGUUUUUCUGCGCAUGCCUGGAAGGAUUUCAGGGAACAUUCUGUGAAAUAAAUGUGGAUGAGUGUUCGAGUUCACCGUGUCUCAAUGGCGGUGCAUGUGCAGAUGGUAUUAAUCAGUAUAUCUGCACAUGCGUACCAGGUUUCGUUGGCAUCAACUGUGAAAUCAACUUCGAUGAAUGUUCUAGCAAUCCCUGUCAAAAUGGCGCACAAUGCAUUGACGGUAUCAACGAGUUUACAUGUGUUUGCAUUGCGGGCUAUAUUGGUGUUUUCUGUGAACAAGAUAUCAAUGAAUGUGCCAGUUCACCGUGUCAAAAUGACGGUCAGUGUAUAGAUGGUGUUGAUGGGUUUUUCUGCGCAUGCCCGGCAGGAUUUCAGGGAACAUUCUGUGAAAUAAAUGUGGACGAGUGUUCGAGUUCACCGUGUCUCAAUGGCGGUGCAUGUGCAGAUGGUAUUAAUCAGUAUAUCUGCACAUGCGUACCAGGUUUCGUUGGCAUCAACUGUGAAAUCGACUUCGAUGAAUGUUCUAGCAAUCCCUGUCAAAAUGGUGCACAGUGCAUUGACGGUGUCAACGAGUUUACAUGUUUUUGUCCUGCGGGCUAUGUUGGUGUUUUAUGUGAACAAGACGUAAAUGAAUGUGCAAGUAAUCCAUGUGUGCACGGUGUGUGCACUGAUGGUAUAAAUGGAUAUGUGUGCGCGUGUGACGUGGGAUGGCAAUCUACAAAUUGCGACGUUGAGAUUGAUGAAUGUGCUGGUGUCGUGUGUUUAAAUGGCGGUGUGUGUCAAGAUUUACUGGGUGGCUAUGUUUGUAAUUGCAUUCCUGGAUGGACUGGACAAUUGUGUGAAAUCAAUAUCAACGAAUGUGCCAGUAAUCCGUGUUUAAACGGAGGAGUAUGCAACGAUUUAGUGAAUGGAUAUAGCUGUACCUGUCCUAUUGGUUAUGGAGGAACUAACUGUGGGAUAAAUAUCGACGACUGUGAUCCCAAUCCUUGUGUUAAUGGUGGUGUGUGUAGUGAUGGUAUUGGUACAUUUACUUGUAGCUGUCUAGCAGGUUUUACAGGAAAUACUUGUGCUAUAAAUAUUGACGAAUGUGCGAGUAAUCCAUGCCAAAAUGGCGGCAUUUGUGUUGAUGGAAUUAACGGCUUUGUAUGUACAUGUCUGGUUGGAUUCAUAGGACAGACUUGUGGCAUAAAUACGAAUGAAUGUGACAGUAGCCCUUGUCAAAAUGGAGGAGUAUGCGUAGAUGGUAUCAACGGCUACACCUGCCAAUGUGCUGCGGGAUGGACUGGUGUCAACUGCGAAAUUAAUAUCGACGAGUGUGCGAGUAACCCUUGUUUAAAUGGAGCUGUCUGUACCGAUGGUAUUAAUGGAUAUACGUGCUCGUGUGUAGUAGGAUUUGAUGGUCCCAACUGCGAAAUAAAUAUUGAUGACUGUAGUCCCAAUCCAUGCUUCAAUGGUGGUAACUGUGUUGAUGGUGUAAAUGGAUAUACAUGUGUUUGUUCUCCUGUCUGGUCUGGUGACAACUGUGAAAUAAAUCUCGAUCCAUGUGCUAACAAUCCGUGUACAAAUGGUCAAUGUAUCGCAGAUGGUACUGGUGGUUUCACAUGUCAGUGUCCACCUGGCUAUACUGGUCGCACUUGUCAAAUAGAUAUCAAUGAAUGUUCUAGUCUACCGUGUGCAAAUGGUGGUACUUGUCAUAACUUACCAGCAAUGUACACUUGUACAUGUCGCGAAGGAUACACUGGAACUAACUGUGAAAUAGUUACAUUCUGCGAUUUGAAUGGUGUAUGGUAUAAUCAGCUGGGUGAUGAAAUCAGCAUAGAUCAAACUCCGACUGGGAUGUUACUUGGUAGUUAUACAUCAGCUCUGGAAAAUGCUCUUGAAUACGAUGCAGGUGCUAAUAUAGUGCUCGGUUAUUCGGCAAUUAACACACCUUUACCUACCUUUGGGUUCACCGUAAUUUUCAACGACGGUGAUUCUACUACAAGUUGGACUGGACAAUGUGAACUCUGUGACGGAAGUGAAGUAUUGAUUACAACAUGGAUAACAAGCGACAAAGCAAACAGCUGUAGAGAAAGUUAUUUGACCAACAAGAUUGGUCGAGAUCUAUGGACUCGUAAUAAGCAAAGCUUAGCACCAAGAAGAUUGGAUGAACUGGGUGAACCAUUAGAAAAAUGGGAGGUAAUGUGCACAAGGAGAAAUCAGGAAAAAAUACUACAGUUCUCUAGCAAGAUGAGGUUCCUUCGCACCAGUCUGUGUUCAGCUCUUCUUUUUGUCACCCUUUUCAGAAGCACUUUGGCUGAUGGAGAGUGCCUAAGUAACCCCUGUCAAAAUGGCGGCGUUUGUGAAGAUGGAGGUGACUCGAAUCCGGUUGAUCACUAUACUUGUGUCUGUGCGUCCUAUGACUGGGAGGGACCAAAUUGCGAAAGCCAAUCAGGUUCGAGUUGCGGGCACGUUUUUUCUGACACUAGCGGAUCAAUAAGGUCACCAAACUAUCCGGGUCAAUAUAACAACAGGGCAUAUUGUACUUACUAUGUCAAAGUUCACGGAGCACAACAGAUAACAUUCACGGUGGCCUAUUUUGACACCGAAGAAUUCAAAGAUGUACUUGAAUACGGAAGUGGAGACAUAGUGGACUUUAAUCAAGCUAUUGGGUCUUUUGAGGGCAAUUUAACUGCUCGUAAUCAACUACCUGAUCCAGUGACAAUUCUCUCUGACCAUGUAUGGUUCCUUUUUACUACUGAUCGUAACAUCGCAAUGAAUGGAUUUGAAGUGAAUUACGUUGCAGAUGGAGAUGACUGCCAUAAUUCCCCAUGUCUUAACGGUGGCACGUGCAAUGACGGGAUAAACAGUUAUACUUGUGACUGCAUAGCUGGUUUUGAAGGAAUCAAUUGUGAAAUUAAUAUUAAUGAGUGUGCGAGCAGUCCUUGUCUCAAUGGCGCUACGUGCCAAGACGGCAUCAAUCGGUAUACCUGCAUAUGUCCAUUGGGGUACGCCGGUAUCAAUUGUGAUAUUGAUAUUAAUGAGUGUGCUAGCAGUCCAUGCCAGAAUGGCGGCACAUGUACUGAUGGCAACAACUUUUACACAUGUGCGUGUUUGCCUGGAUAUGCAGGUGUUAACUGUGAAAUAAAUAUUGACGAAUGUUCUAGUGAACCUUGUCAAAAUGGCGGAGCGUGUUUUGACGCUAUCAAUUCUUAUCUAUGCGUUUGUUUAGCUGGAUGGACUGGCAAUAACUGUGGAAUUAAUAUCAACGAGUGUGCCAGUUCACCAUGCCAGAAUGGUGGGCAAUGUGUCGAUGGUAUUAAUAGUUAUACAUGUGUAUGUUUACCAGGAUUUGUGGGAGACAACUGCCAGACAAAUAUUAACGAAUGUGCCAGUUCACCUUGUCAAAAUGGUGGAAUAUGCAACGAUUUGGAUAAUGGUUUCACAUGUCAGUGUGCACUGGGUUAUGAAGGUGAACUAUGUCAAACAAAUAUAAAUGACUGUCUGAAUACACCAUGUAUGAAUGGUGCUACAUGUAUUGAUGGAAUAGCAAGCUUUCGAUGUGUCUGCGCUCCUGGCUGGACUGGAACAAUUUGUGAUAUUAACAUAAAUGAAUGUGCCAGUGCUCCAUGUUUGAAUGGCGCGGUUUGUAACGAUUUAGUUAAUGGAUAUACAUGUACUUGUCAAAUUGGUUACCGAGGAACUAAUUGCGAAGAAAAUAUCGACGAAUGUAGCAGUUCACCUUGUCUAAAUGGUGGAGCCUGUGUUGAUGGUGUUUCACAAUACACAUGCACAUGUCUUCCAGGAUGGACUGGAGUCCGUUGCGGAACAAAUAUAGAUGAGUGUGCCGGUGCUCCAUGUCUUAAUGGUGGUCAGUGUAUUGAUGGUAUUAAUUCAUUCACAUGUGUAUGUGCAGGGGGUUAUACUGGAGUGAUAUGUGAUAUCAAUAUAAACGAGUGUGCCAGUGCGCCAUGUCUACACGGUGGUGUAUGUAAUGAUGGUGUUAAUGGAUAUACAUGCGACUGUGUACCAGGAUGGACUGACCUUCAUUGUGGAACUAAUAUCGAUGAAUGUGGCAGUAGUCCUUGUCAGAAUGGUGCACAAUGUAUUGAUGCUAUAGCGUAUUAUUCAUGUGUUUGUCUAACUGGCUACACAGGACACAACUGUGAAAUCAAUAUUGAUGAUUGUGAUCCAAAUCCUUGUCUCAAUGGAGGUGUUUGCAAUGAUGGUAUUAAUUCAUAUACUUGUAAUUGCCCACCAAACUGGACUGGCGAAAUAUGUGAAAUCAAUGUUAAUCCAUGUGACCCUGAUCCAUGUAAAAAUGGUGGACAGUGUAUAAAUGAUGGAAUGGGUGAUUACACGUGUCAAUGUCCACAAGGAUAUGCUGGAAGAAAUUGUGAAAUCGAUAUUAAUGAAUGCUCAAGUCUUCCAUGUAAAAAUGGCGGUUCCUGUAUUGAUAACAAAGGAUCAUACUCAUGCGUAUGUCGUGAAGGUUUUAUCGGAUAUGACUGUGAAACAGCUACAUUCUGUGAUCUGCAAGGCACGUGGUAUAACCAACUCGGUGAUGAAAUCAGACUAGAUAAAACACCAACUGGUAUGCUAUUGGGUGGUUACACAUCUGCAUAUGAAAGGGCACUCAAUUAUGAUGCAGGACCUAAUUUGGUAGUUGGCUAUUGUUCAUGUCAAGCUGAAGAUUGUUCUGGAUUUCCAACAUUUGGUUUUACUGUUGUUUAUAAUAAUGGUGACCUAACUACAAGUUGGACUGGUCAAUGUCAUCUGUGUGAUAGUGAAGAAACUCUCGAAACUACAUGGAUUUCAACUGAUAAAGCCAAUGCCUGUCGUGAGAGCUAUGUCGUAAAUAAACUUGGUCAUGAUCGCUGGACACGUUAUGAGCAGAGUUUAGCUCCAAAGCGUGUCGCUCCGUGAGUCUGUACACAACAUUAUCUGUAGAAUUUUAAAAUCCCAUAGAAUAGACAAAUUUCAAUAGCGUGAUUAUUAUAAAGUUGUAGUCUGCGAUUAUUUCUAUAGCUUUAUUGGGGUCCUGGGACUAUUGUGUCACGUAUUUGAUGGUACUGGCAUUGCGGGAAGUAUGUGAUUCAUCCGGAUUCAGCGUUGACUCGUCAGUUUCCCUGAAUUAUGGCAGUCUUAGCGAAAUCAGGUGCAUCGGCACACUGUUUAAAAACAUUAGCAUGUGAAGUGUUGACACACAAUUAAAGAGAAGUCGCAAAGAUUGCCUAUAUUCAGACGUCAUGGAAAUCAUUGUAAUAAGUUCAUUUAGUACAUAUUUCCCUUAUCAAAUUCAUAUUAUAGUCCCAAGUUCCCAAUACAGCUGUAUGCAUGAUUUCAUAGUGUACCUUCAGAGAUGCAAUAUGGACGAAAGCAUGUAUUAUUUAAUGCUGUUGUUUGCACGACCAGUUGAGGACCAAAUUGGAUUAUGACUUAUUGUAAACUAAAGCAUCUGUAUAGUAUUCGUACGAAGAAAAAUAAAAUUCACUAACACACAUGUA